AUGAGUACAACAUCAACAUCAUGGGUAGCAUUUUUUCGUCGAUUUUUUACUGAUUGCUUUGGUUUCAAUGGUAUGUCAACAAAACAAUCAGAAACAUUUACACAAUCCACUAAUAUUGAACAAAAUUCUCAACGAUAUCAAGAUGAUGAACAACUAAAACAAUAUGAAAAUCUUCCAGAAUCCAUAUGUAUCCGUUAUUUGGCUAAAAAAUGUUUACAUCUGCCAUCACCCUUAACAAAAGAAGAACAAAAACAUCAACAUGCAGAAGAUUAUAUUUGUUUAAACUGUUUUCUUUUAUACAUAGGAGAUCGUUUAGUUAAUCGACAUUUAUUCUACUAUUUAGCCCUACAGGUGCCAACAAAAUCUCCUCGAAAAAAAUACAAAUCAGAAUAUAAUUAUUCACAAUUAUUCGAUAUGAAUCAGUCUACAACAGCAACACCCACACAAAUGCCAAUGUAUAUCAAAACUUCUAGUCUUAUACUGUUCGCUCAUCGGAUAGUCGAAUGGAAUGAAAUAACUAAUAAUCUAGAAUUUAUAGCCCAAUUGUUUCAUAUCGUCAUAUCGACUCGUAUGUAUGCAACACCAAUAGUCAAAGAUAAACCCACAGUGUUGCCCAACAAAACGAUAGUUAACGAAACUCAAAGCAAAAAAAAUGAAGAUGAAGAGCACGAUUUCAAUGAGCUUCGGAAAGAAUAUCCAGACGAUGAAAUGUUUUCAACAGAAAAUCGUCGAAAUACAGAAGUAGAAGUAGCAAAUAUAAUUUUAAGAAAAGAUCCAUUACGAGUUACAGAUAAUAAUCUGGACAAAGUUGUGAUUGAAGAAACACUUGUGUAUGAAUUAAUACAAGACGCAUAUUAUUACACAGCUUUGCAGGCAAAUAUCCAAACAAAAUUGUCAAACGAAAGCGAGGAAUUUUUACACAAAUUUUUCGUGUAUUUGCGUCAAUCUAAUCGUGAACAAGACAGUAAAACAUAUUUAAAAUUAAUUAAAAGAAUAGCACCUCACUUGUUUGUUGGCGUUCAUCGAUGGAUGAAAACACAUUUAACAAAAUACCAGAAAACAAUAUCGUCUGAAUCAACACUAUUAACUAAUUUCUUUUCAAAUACAACGACAACAGAUGUUUCACUUCCAGCAGUAAUACAAGAACCGGUCAAUCAAAAGCAUUUAAUUCCUUCAUCAAUCGAUCUGGUAGAAGAAUUCGAUCAUCAUUUACCAUUUACAUUUAUUUGGUAUAUAGUAAUAUGGCUCACAUCAAAUAAAAUAUUUCCAAAUGCAAAUAAUGAUGAUCCUACUGAUGUAUUUAGUCAAUGUUGUAAGCAACAAUUAAUGAGAAAACUAUAUGACAGUGAUGAAGAUGGCUAUUCUAUCGUAACAUUAUGCAGGCACGUUACCAACAAUAAUGGUCCACUAUUGUUCAUGUUUCAUUGUGAUGAUCAACGAACAUUUAGCAUAUUACUAGAAGGUGAACUGAUUGAUUCUAACAAACCAUACGGUGGACCACGCUCACAAGUGCUACAAAUAUUACCAAAUUUCUUUAUAAUUGAACGUGGUCCCAAUUGUUUAUACUGGAAUGUACGUAUAAAAACAUCACAAUUAGCUAUUCGAGUGGGCCAGCAUUCUUUUGAUCCACGUAUAACAAUCGACACAUCUUUACAACGAAUGACACAUCCAUCAGGUUCAAGUACAAUUUAUCAUAUACAAGUUUUUAAAUUCGGUCGAAUUGAAAUAGGAAAAAUUUCACGUUCAGUCAUAAAUAUGACGACAUCAAGAAAAUAUCAUGAUCAUAUCAAAGAUAAUUUCAUGCAAGAAUAUGACUUUCAAAUGAACGCAGCUAAAUUAUCCGAAUCUUUAGGCAUACAUUUUUUAACAAGAUAA